AUGCGUGUACGCUGGAACAGCAUACUCGCAGAGCUACAGCGAGCCAAGCUGUUGCGCCCUGCCAUUGCCGCCUACCUGGAGUCGCUCCCGAAUGGUUUGUCGGGCAAGAAGAAAACUGCCGCACUCACCAAGCAAAAGAAGUGGACGGUGUCGGUGUCGGGCUGGGAAAUGAUUGAUACUAUGAUCGAUAUCUUGAAGCCGUUCGAGCAGGGCACCCGCGAUCUUUCGAUGUCUGGUGUGCCUACUCUUUGUAUGGUGCUCCCGAUAUACAAGUCCCUUGAGGAGCACCUCAAAGCGCAAAUUUCGGCGCUCACUGUGUCAUUCGAGGACACCGAGGACGAGUUCAAGAUCGUUAAUGCCGUGAAGCUCGGGCUUGACAAGCUCUCCAUCUACCUCGAGAAGGCGGUGAAAUCAGACUAUCACCUCCUCGCUGUCGUACUCAACCCUCAACUGCGCUUACAGUACCUCGAGGACGAUACACGUUGGGCACCAGAGGUUCCAACGACACCAUCAGCUUCGUCUGCCACCUCGGGUAGCCUCUACAUGAGGUCCGUACAGCGCCAGACGAGCUCGCAGGAUGCCUCAUCCCCGUCUUGGACCCUCGCCCUCGACUCGUACCUCAACGGAGCAUACCCGUUUCCCGAAGACAAGGGUGUCGAAUAUAUACUCUCUUGGUGGAGUGCAUACGGUAGCAAGUUCGCACCCCUCGAUGCUAUCGUGCGCGAUAUCCUCGCCAUACACGGUGUAAGUGUGUCUGUCGAGCGGCUAUUUUCUAGCAGCGGCCUCACACUACACGAUAACCGUGCACGUCUGACUGCUGUGAUGGCAGGGAAGACCAUCAUCACGAAGGAAUGGUUGAAGCGAGGGUUCGGUGAAGGGGUUGACUACCUAGAGGGUGUGGCGAUUUGGGAAAAGGACAGCGACGAGGAAUCCGACUAA